UCGGCCGCCUCCCCGAGUCUCUGCGAAGCGGCAUCGGCUUCCCCGGGGAGCGGCCGGGGGAGGCGCCGGGUUCAUGUUCCGGGUCGCUGAGCCCAACCCGACCCGAGCUCAGGCGGCGAGAAAGAGCUGGCAUUUCAGUAGGACUAUGGAGGAACUAGUUCAUGAUCUGGUCUCAGCACUGGAAGAAAGUUCAGAGCAAGCCAGAGGAGGUUUUGCUGAUACUGGAGAUCACUCUCGCAGCGUGUCUUGUCUUCUAAAACGCCAGGCAAGGAAGAGGAGAGGACGAAAAAGACGUUCAUUUACCACUCAUCAUCCUUGGGAGACUAGUCACUGUUUAAGUGAAGGUUCUGAUUCCAGUCUAGAAGAACCAAGCAAGGACUAUAGAGAGAAUCAUACUACUAAUAAGAAAGACCACAGUGACUCUGAUGAUCAGCUGUUGGUUGCUAAACGCAGGCCUUCUUCAAAUUUAAAUAACAUUAGAGGCAAAAGACCUCUGUGGCAUGAGUCUGAUUUGGCUCUUGACAAUUUAGGAAACAGGACCCUGCGUAGGAGGAGAAAAGUGAAACGCAUGGCAAUAGAUCCACCAUCAGAAGUCACGAAUACAUUAACAUUGACCCAACAACAGGAUAACAGCAGAGAUCAAGAAAUGGAUAAUGAUAAUAGAUCUUACCAACAUCAAGAAUUUGCCAAAAGCAAAGUGAAAAAAAGAAAACUAGCUACAACUAGGCAAGGACCAGAAAUCUUGGAUGAAGGAGUGGUUAUAGAGAGUGAAGAAGCGAACCAGGCAAAUAAGGACAAAAUGGAGUAUGAGGAGCAAAAGGGUUCAGAUGAGAACAUGAGUGACAGUGUGGUUUCUGUGGAUAAUAAACCUGUAUUUUUUUGGGGGGGGGUGGUUUAUUAUAUUUACACAGGUGAUGAUGAGCAGAGUGACUGGUUUCAUGAAAAUGAAUCUGGCGGUGCGUGUGGAAUCACUGGGGUCGGUCACUGGUGGGAACAGGACUCAACGGAGUUGGAGAAAGAAUUGCCUGAUCCAGUCUUUGAAAGUAUCUUAACUGGUGCUUUCCCUCUUAUGUCCCAUUCAGGGAAGAGAGGUUUCCAGAGUAGAUUUAGUCAUCUUCACGGAAUGCCAGCAAGGAACAUCAAAAAGGUUUCAGGAAACCCAGCUGCAUUGAUUACCAGUGCAAGCCCAGGCAACAAGAAAAUGGUUCACUUGUCCCAAGAUUCUCAUCACAAUGACCACUGGUUUAGCCCUGGGGCUAGGAAGGAACAUAGCCAGCUUCAGCUCCUGCGGGAUAACCGAUCUGAGAGAGGACACAAGAAAAAUAUUUCAGUAAAAACAGCUAGCAGACAAACAAGUGUACAUUUAGGAUCAUUGUGCAUGGGAGACAUCAAACGGAGAAGAAAAGCUGCACCCCUGCCAGGACCCACAGGUUUUGUAGGUGAAAAUGCCCAACCAAUCCCAGAAAACAACAUUGGAAACAGAAUGCUUCAAAGUAUGGGCUGGACUCCUGGCACAGGCCUGGGACCAGAUGGCAAAGGGAUGUCAGAACCAGUCAGAGCCAUCCAGAGACCAAAGGGACUCGGACUUGGAUUUAGCUGACAGAGAAGCACUCCAACUGCUGUACAGAAAUCAGGAAGACUAACCUUAAUUUAAAGGGAAAAAAACUAAAGUCUGAUAUUGUAUUUUGUCAUCAGCAAAUCCAGUUGUUGUUCACUUAUGGAGUUCUGAAGCCUAAAUGUUUCAUGUUGACUACUCUGGCUUUCAAGAUGCAAGGUAGUCACAGUGACAAAAGAGGUGUUUGAAUCCUAACUCUGUAAUGGUGCUAAAAUGUAAAAACAAUUGUAUUUUUUUUAUUUUCUGUGAUCUUAAAACAAAGUUUGUUAGGUAUAUGAUUCAAAAUGCAAUGUGUUUAUUUUUCCUGAAAAGCUUCUCACACAGCAGAUUUCAGCACUUGGGCAAACAUUUUUUGGCACCAUUUUCUCAUCUGAAGUGUUCCGAGAGGAUUUGUUAUCAAGGAAAAUUAAACCUCAGAAAGCUGCUAUGUUGGUUCAUUUUUCCUUCCUUUACAGGCAAAAAUUUCCAAACUAGAUAUUUCUAGAAGUUGGCUAUAGAUGAGGAUAGGUUAACACAGGUGUCGGCAACAUUGGCACGCGGCUCGCCAGGGCAAGCACCCUGGCGGGCCG